UGCCCAUAACCAACCAAGUGACACUGUAAACGCAUCAUUCUGGGCCGAGAGUAACAAGUGCACGCGUUCCGUCAGGGUCGAGAGGAGCGCGCUUAUCAUUUGGAAGGAGUAACAGACACUGACGUUCCACUAUUUCUCAACUUGUGUCCCCGCAAGGACCUUUCCAUACCAUUUGCGGGAGGGUAAUCAUUAUAUAAGACUACAAGGUAAAGCCAGGCUACUAUCCGCCCUGUCACGAUUAGGCCGGGUUUGGGAAAGGACCAGCUGACAGUACUGAGAGCGCGCUGUCAUGGCGGCACCCCGCGCCCCCUGUAGGAUUGGAGACGCACUAUGCGACAUCGACACCCCAGCUCUCCUGGUGGACUUGGACAAGUUGGAAGAGAACUUAAAAACGAUGCCAAGGACUCUAGAGAAGUACAGUAAUCUGAAGCUCAGACCCCAUGCUAAAUCGCACAAGUGCCCGACACUGGCCAAACUGCAGGUGUCUCACGGCGCUGUGGGUGUUUGUGUUCAGAAGCUGACGGAAGCCGAGGCUAUGGUGCACGGAGGUGUCGAGGAUGUUCUUGUCACCAAUGAGAUCGUAAGCCGCUCCAAACUGACCAGACUGAUGUCCCUGGCGCGGCUCGCCACGGUGUCUAUAGUGGCGGACAGCCAACAGAAUGUCAGGGACCUGUCAGAUGCCGCCCACAGAAUGGGGGUCAACAUUGGCGUCCUUGUUGAUGUCAACGUCGGUAUGCCCAGGUGUGGUGUACUGCCUGGACCCGAAGUUGUCAAACUCGCCAGCCUAAUCCAAACUUUGCCCAAUCUCACCUUUAAAGGUCUCCAUUGUUACCAAGGGUCCAACCAGCACAUUCGCAAGGCAGCAGAGCGAGCAGGAGCCACGGCUGAAGCUGUAGACAAGGCAGCUGCAGCAUUAAAGGCUCUUGAGGAUGAAGACAUCAAGUGUGACUAUGUGACGGGAGGAGGAACUGGAACCUACAUGUACGAGGCUAGCAGCGGAGUGUUCACUGAAGUCCAGCCAGGAUCCUAUGUGUUCAUGGAUGCAGACUAUGGAAGGAACUUUGGUGAGGAUGGCCAGCCAGUACACCAGUUCCACCAGAGCCUGUUUGUCCUGGCUACUGUACAGAGUGUUCCUGAAGGAAACCGUGCUGUUGUAGAUGCUGGUUUGAAGGCCUUAAGCAUGGAUUCAGGAGUGCCACUGGUUUAUCCCAACACUGAUAUUGUGUACCACUGUGGAGGGGAUGAACAUGGAGUCCUGGUACCACCGGGGUCAUAUAAGGUGGGCAUAGAUAUAGAAAGUAUAAAAAUAUGUCCUUCUGGCAUGAGGCUAAUAAUUGCAGUAUACAUUGUAUGUGGACAAAUACAGAUGAGAGUGACUCUGGGGGAACUAGAGAGUGAUGGAAAUAUGUUGUCACAAUGAGGAAGAGCCAACUCCUCUACAAUCAUGUUUGUAAGUGAUGUAGUAUUGAAGUACAUAUAAGAUAAUACAUGUAGUACUGUAAAUCUCAGUUUGAAACAUUGGAAUGUACAUAUUGUACUUCUUCCAGAUAGGAGACCAAGUAUGGCUCAUCCCAGGGCACUGUGAUCCAACUGUCAACCUCUAUGAUUGGCUGGUGGGGGUGAGAGGAGGGCGUGUGGAGGCCUUGUGGCCAAUCACAGGCCGUGGCCCUGGCGUGUAAACCUGGGUGGAAAUGAGCAACCACAGCUGUUCAUUUUCCAAUUAGAAGACAACCAUGGAGGUUGGGACUCUCCAUAAAACUACUAAUGAUGAAACAUCAAGGAAAAAAUAGUCUACCUACCGGGGUAGCCUACAUUUUUCAUAUGUAAAUAUACAUGUACAUGUAACAUUUGAUUUGCUGUAAAAUUGAUAAUGAUAAUUCUAAAAUUUGUGAUUUAUUGCAAGUUGUUAAAAGAAGAUACACAUCCUGUGAAGAGAAAAGCAAAAGUUGAUAAUCAUUUAUGGCUAUUCAUAGCUGUUGUCAAACAAAAGGAAUGAAUUUUAAGUUUCAUGUACAUAUUACAU